AUGGCGGAAUCCGAUGUGAUACUCCGCAGGAAGAUGAACAACGACGACAUGAGCAAGCGCAGGAUCAAAAUCGCGCCCGCGCGACGGCGGCGGCGCUCCGCCCGCCCCAACGCCCGUAGACGGCCAGCGUCGGAGUGGGACGAUCCGAAUCUCAACCCUGGCGUGGAGGACUUGAGACCGCCAUCUUCGGAGUCGGAAUCGGAAUCGGAAUCGGAAUCGUUGUAUGGAGAUGAGGAAGUCGAAGAGUAUGAAGAGGUAUCAGGAGGCAUGGGACCUCGGAUUGCGGCGGGCAAAUCACGCGGCGGGUCUUUGCCGCAGUCGGCAUGCCGGCAGCCGGUUAACCGCAUGAUGAGGCAGGAGGAAGCGCCAGAUUUGAUGCAGGUGCGGGGCGGGGACGAACCCCCGGAAGGCUACUCUUCGAGCACGGCGCCGGCACCUCUUUCGCAAGAGGAAAAGUUGAAGCAAAGCCUAGGCAGGAUAGAGGACUGGGUCAAGAUCCUCGAGGGCCGCGCGGCAAACUGGAAGCGAGUCCAGGCGGGCGCCAUGCAACACCUCGCCGUGUCGAUAGAGGCAUGGCACGCCCAGGACCCGACCCUCGAGCUUCCCAACAUGCGAUCCCUGCCGUACAACACGCCCACGUCCUCGGGGCUGCUGCCCUGGAUAUCCGGGGCUCUGAAGAAGAAGGAAACCGCCGCCCGGGAGCGGAAGGUUGUGCAGGAAGAACUCGCCAGGGCGCAGCAUCACGCCGGUGUCCUGAGGGAGGAGCGUCCUGACCCCAGGACGGCCCAGGCCGAGAAGUAUGCGGCUUGGGCGUAUCAGCAGACGCUGCGGGGGGAUCCCGGUUCCGAGUCGACGCAGCCCUACCCAUGGGCUGCUCGUAACCCAGAUCCACCAGUCCUUGACAUUGUCGAUCUUGACAACGAUCCCAAGGAGAAUCGAGAUGGGCAAGCUCUAUCACCGGCGAGACCGGAGGUCAUUGUUAUUGAUGCCGACUCCAACGCGGAUACACAAACACGGCUUGGACAAUCGGUGAGCUCGGAGGUGAUUAUCGAUUGGACACAGCCGGCGAUUAUCGAUAUGACAGGUCCGGCAGAGAUUGUUGUUGAUAUGACAGCAGAGACAGCGCAGCCGCCAACUCAACGGAUCACUCGUCCUGACCGGCGGUGGAACCCAUCCCGCGACCCCAUUAAUUUCAGGUCGCAGCGGGAAUCAUCCCCACCGGCCGUUCGUCGUGACCAGCGGCGGGAUCUAUUCUCGUUCUCAGGGAUCAAUCGUUUUGACCAGCAAUGGAAUCCAUUCCCAGGGAUGCCUCGUUCUGGUCAGCGGCGAGAUCAACUCCAAGGGACCGACCUUCCUGACAGACGGUGGAAUCCCUCCAUGGGGACUAUUAAUUUCAGGCCGAUGCGGAAUCAACUCCCACCCGCCGCUGUUCGUAAUCACGAACGGCAGCGGGACAUAGUGCCAGGGACCACUGGUCCUAUGCAGCAACUGAAUCCAUUUUCAGCGGCCUUUGGCUCUGACCAGCGGCGGAAUCCGUCCCCGGCGCGCUAUCAAAGGAGACCCAAGACUCGCCCUGUCGAGAUCAACCCCACCGUCUUCAAUGUGUUUGACGGCCCCGUGUCCAACAUCUCGCAGCUCGAGAGGGAAAGGGCGCUGAGGCGAGAACAGGAAUCCAGCCGCAGGAAGAGGAAGCGGGAGAGCGACAGGCAGAAUGGCGCUGAUGGCGGUCGCGAGCCGGAUGUCACAGGAGGCCCCGACGGGUCAAGGGAUGGAAGAGAAGGAGGCAGGUCGUACGACGCCGAAGCGGACCCCAAGAGGAGAAAGUUGGAGGACGAGAUGAAUGCGUACAAGGCUAGGGAGUUGGAGAAGAUUAAUAAAGAGGGCGAGGCUUGGGAGGAAGGAGUUUUGAGUUGGGUUGCCCUUAAAGCCAAGCACCUUUUUGAGUAG